ACAUUUACACAAAAUAUGGAUACAGUUACACUAACAAAUGACACUAUAUUACAACAGAAUGAAUCCAUUAAACUUGUUGUUAAAAGUGGAGAAGGAACAGUUCCUGUGUAUUCCAAGGAAGCUUCGACAUGUACUGACAAGUCCUUCAAAGUGAGUAAUGAAGGUUUGCACCAUGGAAAUCAGGUUAAUCAUCCGCGCCAGCUUUCCGUUAGAACGACACCCAUUGAUAUUUGCGGUCAAGGUGACACGAGAACCCUAAUUCAAAUUCAUCCUUACUUAACAGAAAAGACAACACAAUUACCAGGAAGUCAAGACAGUGUCCAAGGUGCGUUUGACACCACCACUUCCAAUAGUAUACUUGUUCCAUACAUUGCUAAUGUUGCUAAAGAACAUGAUGUGCUGGAGGAGAUGAAAAGAAGAUUGGCACAGUCAUUCGUGAAACAACAAAACCUACAACGUGUUCAACAAGACGUAAAUGAUCCAAAAUCAUCAUUUGUACCAGGUACAGAUAUUGAAUACCGCACACCCGGUGCCCAUUACAAGAACAAAAAUGGUAAAAUCAAGCGUCCGAUGAACGCAUUCAUGGUAUGGGCACGUGACUAUCGUGGUUAUCUAGCCUCUUCGAUGCCAAAUGCCACUAACUCGGAAAUAAGUGUCAAGCUCGGUCAGAUAUGGGCAAGCAUGCCACCAGAAGAAAAGAAACAGUAUUAUGACGUUGCUGAAAAAAUAAAAGCUAAACAUAGACAGGAUUAUCCGGAUUGGGUAUAUCAGCCUAGUGUACCGACACUGAAAAAAAAAGAUGAUACUGUCAUCUACACACGGACGCCGACGCCGCCGUUGAAUUUUACUUUUGGCAGAUUAGGUCAGACAGAGUCCGCACACAUAUCCGGCGACGAGAUUUCCGGUCUGGAAUCAGAAAAUGCCUUGCAAGGGACGUUAAGCGGUGCAACAUCGAAAAAUGUUGGAAGUAAAUUUUGUUUGAAUCAGUCGCAACACAACAAUGGUACUACUUUCCAAGAUAUACAACAAAAACCUCAAGACGACAUAAAUAGUUCCGUCAAUACUGUCACAGACAUGUGUCACAUACGACCGUUAUAUGUGACACGUGUUUCCUACCAAUCCGCGCUUGAAAUACCCAAGGAAAAUACAGUUUCUGAUACAACAAGAGGUCUUCUUGCAAAUAAAAUAUCACAGGGGCGAGCAGAAAACGUCAAUGUAACAGGUCCCGAUCGACGAUAUUAUCAACAGAGAGCACCUUUCAUAAAGCGGCCGAAUAUUCCAAUAACGCCGAUACAUCAAACUAGUCUGUCGCAGAAAAUAGCCGGAACCAUCAAAUCUCCCCUUCCUAUAUUAAAAGUGCCAUCAACGCCGAGAAUAAUGGGUAUUGUGGCACCACCUCUUCAUGGAAUGGAUAAUGUGAGAUUUCACGCAGUACGCCCUUCCUUGCUGAAUGAAUUAAAACCCAAUGUACAACCAGUGUCGCCCAAACUGUUACUAGAUACACAACAACAAAGACCGCAGAUGAUACCGUUAACAACUAAACUGACUCCGAAUGGGACAUUGCCUGUCCACAGACAACAAGGUAUUAAUGAGCAAUUAAAAGUUGUAUAUGCAAGUUUAUGAAAUAUUUUGAACUCAGGAUGUGAAACUCACGACUUUCGUCAAAGUUGUCAAUUUAUUUAUCUAAAGUGAUCAACAGGUUCAGAAUACUUAUAUAAUUCGAUAGAUAUUAUAGAAAGAAAUAAUCUCAUUUUUCAUUUUCCAUCAUGGUCGUCAUCAUACAUCGUUACAUUUCAGCGGAAUGUAUCCGUGGUCCAAUGGGUAUUCCGAUAGUAGAGACACAUGUAAGUCCAAUCUCUGCACAUGUGCGCACUUAUAACCCGGGUUUGAAGCACGACCUCUUAUCGUCCGACAUGCCAGCAACGCCUCCAUCACGUUACUCGAAUGUUGUACUUUCAAAAAUGAAAGACAACGAAGUAAACAAAGGCAUUUCGGAAGACAAAUCGCAGAAAAGAUCUGCAGCUGACGCUGGUAACAAUAAACAGACGAAAUCAGCAGCUGACGCUAUCGAACGUGUACAGACGACCAAAGCAUCUGGCGCUGGCGACCAGUUACAGCCGAAAUAUUCAGUAGACGCUGGCGACCAGUUACAGACGAAAUCUUCAGUUGACGCUGGCGACCAUAUACAUACGAAAUCUGCAGCUGGCGCCGGUGACCAUGCAAUGAAAUAUGAAGUUAACGUUAAUGAUGCUAUACCUACGAAAUCUGCAGUCUAUGUAGGCGAAACUAUACAGGAGAAAUCUGCAGCUGACUCUGGCGACCAAGUACAAAAGAAAUCUGUAGUACAAGGAACGCUUACAA